AUGGCACCGAAGAAGAUUUUGAUGCUGGUUGGCGAUUUUGUUGAAGAUUACGAAGUUAUGGUUCCUUAUCAAGCUCUACUUAUGAUUGGUCAUCAGGUUGAUGUUGUAUGUCCAGAUAAACGAGCUAAAGAAACGGUGGCAACAGCUGUACAUGACUUCGAACAAGAACAAACCUAUACAGAAAAACGCGGUCAUAAUUUCACCCUAACAGCAACAUUCUCUUCGGUCAAAGCCAAAGAUUACGAUGCUCUCGUCGUACCUGGCGGACGUGCGCCUGAGUACAUACGGUUGGAUAAACGAGUUCGUGAUCUUGUUCGCGAAUUCGAUGGUAGCAGAAAACCAAUUGCCAGCAUUUGCCACGGUCUCCAAGUGCUUGCAGCAGCGGGCGUUGUCACCGGUCGCAAAGUAACUGGAUACAAAGCGGUUGGACCUGAUCUUACCUUGGCGGGCGCCACCUUUGUCGAAGUUGAACCAACCGAAGUUGUCGUCGAUGGAAAUCUAGUCACAUCACCAGCGUGGCCCGGUCAUCCAAAAUGGCUCGCAGAAUUUCUAAAAUUGCUCGGCACGACCAUUAAUCCAUAG